UUAUCUCCGCCGGAUGUUAGAGAGACGAUAAGCGGGCUGGUGACAACGCGCGCGUAGUCGGUCGUGCGUCGGUCAGUGCGUCCGAGGCAGGGCAGCGGGAGAGAGCGACCUUGUGCUGGCGUCGCGCGCGGGUCCAGCGGAAACGGGGCGCACUUCUGCAGAUUAGCAUUUCCCGGGAAAGUCUCCAUCGUUCUCCACCCAACCAACGUCGACUCAGCGCCAUCUAUAUUCCAUUUCUUUAGGUGUCGAGCGCGAGAGAGAGAGGUAGUUCCUCAGCCCACCACCAGAGGGCCAUCAACCACGGGCAACCAACUACUCAAAAUGAAAACCGCAAUAGGAUAGGUAAUAUUGGACUAAAGAGAAAGGAAGGAGACGAAGAAGGAGAAGAAGGAGAAGGAGGAGGAAAAGAAGUACUCAUACGGACGUCUUCAUCCGUUAUUACGAAGUAACCUACGAGCGGACGCGUCCCUGUACAAUCUAAUUCUCAAAAUCGAAUCAUAAUCAACCAGGAAUCACCCAAGAGCUUCCGAAUUCCCACCCGUCCUCUGCAAGCGAAGGCCACUGUCACCCUCCAACGCCUCUCAAGUACCACUCGAAAAAAAGACGCAGCUGUCAGCCUCUACCAGCUUAUCCCACUCCCAAGUAAUACUCAAAAUACCCUCUUAUUUUCUUGCGUCGACCAGACACUCAAGUGACACUCGAAAAGACGCUGCUGGUGCCAUCUGGUCCAGAGGCUGAAGCGGACCAAGUAAAGCUCUCUUGUUUCUCCCUCUCUCUCUCCCUUUCCUCGUUCGCAUCUCUUUCUCUUUCCCGUCUCCGUCUCUCACCGGUACACUUUCUUGUCCCUACUUCUUUCGCGUCUCUUUCUCUUCCGCAUCUCUAUCUCGUGCCGGUGCAAAGCCUCGUCUCCAUCUCUUCCACAUCUAAGUCUCUCCAUCUAGUUCUUGUCCCUUUCCUCUUUCCCAUCUCCACCUCCCUUCCUCCAUCCCAUCUCCAUAUCCAUCUCCCUUCCUCUUCCCCACCUCCUUCUCCCUUUCCCAUCCCCAUCCCCACGCCAAAAUCUCUCACCGGGUGCAAAUUCGCCACCACGAUGCCUUACCAAGGCGACCGCCAGGAGAAGCAACCCGGCCAGUUCACUACAGACGUCAAGUACAUCAAGAAGUUACCUGGAGCGCUCAUUGUUCUCCAGCUGAUCUGCUGCUCUCUCGGCUUCAUCCUCGCCGUCUGUUCCUCCGUCAUGUGGAAGGUGAGGGCAGGUCACGGCUUCUUCACCUUCGUGUCCUUCAUCGCCUCCGUCAGCUGCAUCAACUGGCUGGUCAUCCACGUGUUCCAGAUCUACCUUCUCUUCAACAGGAGUUUCAACUGGAAUAUUCUGGGUUUGGCUCACAACGGACUCUGCGGUUUCCUGUUGAUGAUUGCCAGCUGCGUCAUGGUCGAGCUGGCAUCCGCGGCGAGGGCGCUGAGGGCAGCCGGGGUUUUCGGUUUUCUUGGUUUCACUGGCUUCCUCGCUGGCUUGGUGUGGGAGGUGAUGGUCUGGCUCAAGAACAGGGACUCAGGGCCGGGCUUCGCAACAGCUACAGUCGUCUCUGGAUUGGACAGACCGGGGACUCCAGACAGCGGCAAUUCGGUAGAUGUCGGGGAUGAAGUGGCCACGAGGGACCACGAGGACGCCGAGGCUGCUGUCGGGUUCGUCGGGAUGAAGGCCAGGCCUGUGUCAUCUUUCCUGCAGGAGCCCCGUCAGAACGGCGGAGUGACCACGCCCAUGCUCUACGCCCCUGGGAAGGAGGGGGAGGGUGACCCCGACCGCCCACGCAGCCGGGGGGCGAUUUCAGAGCACUCGUCAGGUUCCUCCGUGGAAGGCGAGUGGCAGACCCCGUCCUGAGGCUUCAUUCGGCCGCCAGCUGUUCGAAGCUUCCAGGGGUGAAGCUUGUGAAUCUUUUUAUUUAUUUAUUUAUUUAUUAUUAUUAUUAUUAUUAUUAUUAUUAUUAUUAUUAUUAUUGUUAUUAUUAUUAUUAUUAUUAUUAUUAUUAUUUUCGCCCCAAGAGUGGAAUUCGUGAAUCUUUUUAUUUUUUAUUUUCGCCCCAGAGUCGAAAUUUGUGAUUUUUUUUAAAGCCUCAGAAUGAGUCUUGUGAAACUUGUGAUCUUUCUUCUUAAGCCACAAAAUGGAACUUGUGAAUAUCUUUUUUUUUUUUGAAUCAACAAAGCACGAAUCAACCCCAUGAUUUUUUUUUUUUGUUUUUCAUUCGGAUUCACUACGACUCUUGCUCGGAGAAUGGAACCGGGAAUUGAAACUAGAUUUUAUUCUUUGUCUUGGCUCUAAAUUAUUUCUUGAUUGAAUAUUUUAAUCCGAGAAUAUCUUUUCUCUUUUCUCUUAAUUUCUCUCCUUUCUUUUAUUUUCAUUUCAUUUCUUGUCGCUUUUCCUUUCCUUUUCUCUUAGGCUCGUUUCUUUCUUUUGCUUUCUCUUCUUGCCCUUUCUUUUCUCUUCCUUUCCAUUCCUUUCUUCUCUUUUCUCUUCGUUUCUCAUUUUUCUUUUCUUUUAUUUUCCCUCUUUUUCUCUCAUUUCUUAUUUUUCCAUUCUUUUCUUUUCUCUCCUCUUCCCUUUCCUUCCCUUUAAUUUUUUUAAAAAUCUAUUUACCCUUCCUUUUCCUUUCCUCUUCUCUUCUCCUCACGUGCGACGAGCUAGGCGAGAGUGUGAGUCGCCACCUCAGUUCGUCUGAAAAUCAAAUGAAACACAAAGAGGCUCAUCGAAAGGUACGCUGGUUUCUGUGAUCUUCAAAAAAGCAACAAAAAACCGUUGCACUUCCAGACGUUGUACAGUGGACAUGCCCUCUGAUGUUUACAGUGAAUUUAUCCGUUGAUGUGGACAGUUAACCCUUCUUAUCCUCUGAUGUGUAGUUGACUUACCCUCUGAUGUGUACAGUCAACCUUCUCGCUGAAAUUGAUAUAAUGAUGUAUACAGUUGACUUUUUUCAAACGGUGCUGUAACGAUGUGUACAGUUGAACUCAAUUUUUUUUUUUUUUUUACUUAAUAACUUUUUUGGUUAGUGCUUGAAAGGACGAGGAAUGAAAACAUGAUCACGGUGCAGCAAAAGUGCAUGCAGAUCACUGAAUCAUCGUGAAUUACCAAUGGAUUCUGAAAAGCCAGUUUUACUGAGGGUUACCUUGAAUGUCCCUCGCUUUUCAGAGACGUGAAAAACAGUCUUUUAUAUUCUCUAGUGGCAUGAUUAACCUCCUUUGUACAUACUCGCUUUUUGGAUUUUCUUGAUAUGAUCUAAUAACGCGUUAGAUCCCAUGGCAUACAUUGUUAAUGUUGCAAAGAUGUAUAGAUUCCUUUGUACUGAUUUUGUAUUGAUGGUUUUACUUUGAGAAUAUUACGAAUGUUGAGUGUUUUGCAUUUUUUGUAAUGGAUGUAUAUGAAGCUUGCAGCUUUGAUAUCUAAAGGUGAUGUACUAUACAGAGAAAGUUAAAAAAAAAGUACAUCUAUUUUAGAAAAUCAAAAUGUACUCCUAUUGAUUUAAAGAAAACUGUGCAGUU